UUAUUGAUUCAUCCACAUGUUCAGAACUGAACAGAACAAGCUAAACUUUAUCUGAAAUUCAUCUCCAGUCCGAAAUGUUUUAAAUUUCUUUUGCACCCAAACAUUUGAGGUGCCAAUCAUCUCUUGAAUGCAAAGAUACAAAUAUUAUGCAGCCUCAGGGUGUCCAUAUGGUAGCAUGCCUCCACCUUCAGUGUGAUCUUAUGGAUAAAUACCUUAAAAAACAUAAAAACAAUAAAUACCAUGAAUAAUUUAAAUACCAUAAAUACCUUAAAUUACAGAUACAACUAGAAAAUUUCCUCUGGGGAAAUUGUGAAAGGGCCACGGGGGCUACUGCCGGUGUGUGUACACUAUGAUGAGAUUCUUCAGAGAUUUCAAACAAUUAACUAGUAAUGUUAAAAUACCAUAUAAUAUACAAGGAGCACACCUACAACAAGCAUUCCGUUGUGUGUGUAACGAAAAUCGCAUAAAGUUACCUGUGUGUGUGUGUGUGUGUAUGUAUGUGUGUAAUUAUAAUCACAUAAAAUUACCUGUGUGUGUGUAUGUGCGUGCGUGCGUGUGUGUGUUUGAAGCAUGUGUAUCUAGAGGAGUGUGCGCGCAUACGCGCGUGUGUGUGUGUGUGUAUCUGUAACUGUAAUCACAUCAAAGAUCAAAGGCAAUCAGAGCAGAGCAAUCAACAGAAUUAACUGCCACCAACUGCCGAAUAUUCCGUAACAGAGGUGGACAGACUGGAAUUUCUGGCCUUGGACAAAAAGUUUUUGGCAAAACCAUAAUACCUAUCAUUGAUCCGACUUCACUUUGAGCGUCCUGAGUUCUUCCUGAACGUCUACAUAUGGGUUUUUUUUUAAAGAAAAAUGAAAAAAUAGCUUUGUUUGAGCGAUCUAAAAAAAUUGUUACAUCUCCCAUUCUCAGAAAUCUUCCUGCGUUUUUAAUAUGGGAUCCAAUGAGGCUGUUGGUGCGUGUUGGUGGCGCAUCUGUGCGUCCUACGCCCAAACUAUAACUCUGACAGCUUAACCAGAGGAUUGUGAGGGAGAAGACUAAUUUUCCUACGUCUCUAUGGCGUUUAAAAAUCUCCAAUUAUUGUUCUUUUUAGCUCAUUUUUUUCGGCCUUCCCAUUCUUUUCAAUGCAAAAUUUUGUGCAGUUUUCGUAUUCUGUCGAGAAAAGUAAUAGCACACCGAUCCCGAUCAAAUCGCACGUUUUGAUAUAUAAUUUGUCCUGCAACUUCAAGUUGUAGGACUAGUAGCGGGACGGAAGAAGUCCGGAAGAGGAAGAAGAAAAAAUCCACAGUAUAGCAGUAGUGCAGCACUGGUCCCUACAGCUAUUGCUGUAUGGGACCAAUGCUCGGUGCGAUUGCCCCGAGGCCCUAAUAAAUACCAUAAUUACCAUGAAUACCAUAAAUACCUUAAAUACCAUAUUUACCAUGCCGGGCUGCUUUGACAUCACCCUGCUCUCCUCUUUGCAGGAAGUUAUUGUUGAUCCAGUUUUAUAUGACAAGAUGUUUGAGGCCAUCUUGAAAUACCCGGAUCAUCUGCUACACAACACCUCGAAGGACCAAAAAAACAGCAGUGAUCGUCUUCUCUCUCUCCGUUGGAGGACGGAGAGAUACAAAAGAUCCUUCUCUCCUACAGCCAUCAGGCUGUCUCAUUCUUCCAGAGUUACCAGACUAACUGAAUUUCCCCUUGGGAAUAAAUAAAGUAAAUUUGAUUUGAUUUGAUUGAUUGAUGAACUAUUCAGUAAAAGGCAUCAGAGCCUCCUGAGGGUCAGGAUCAAUAACUCCUGAAUCAGUCUGUUCUGUGUGUUUGACUUAUUCUGUGUCCAUGUGGCUCACUGCUUAAUCUUCAACAUACUUUAGUGUUUAGUAGAAUAGAAUCCUGAGAGGAAACAAAGUCAAGUCAUUAAAUCUGAACAGGAAGUUCAGGAUUGUUUUCUCCUCUGUGACGGACAGUUCACAGACUUUAAUAAUAAUAAUAAUAAUAAUUCUACAGAUGAUUAAUAAUGGAUCCAUCAGUCUGCUCUCAGGUCCACAGUGUGGAUUCUUUAAAGUACAGUUUCAGUUUCAGCUGAGUCUCAGCAGCUUGACAAGUCCUUUCUUAACCUUUUGCUGUGAUUCACACUGUUGCUUUGUUUAUUUACGGGGCGUUUUGUGGACCUUCAACCCAGCAGCUAAUCAGUUCCAGACUUCAGCUGGGACGUGUGCUCCGUGCUGCUUCACCUGCACAAACACAGAGCCUCUGAUCAGCUCAUCACACUUUAAUCACACAAGAAACUCCUCAACACAUCCAGUCCACAGGAAACUGUUCAACACAUCCAGUCAGCAGGAAACUGUUCAACACAUCCAGUCAGCAGGAAACUCCUCAACACAUCCAGUCAGCAGGAAACUCCUCAAAAUGUCCUCAGCGCCAAGAAGGAGGUUACAUUCUGAUCUGUCUGAAUUAAUGCCCUCAGUACGGAGAAGAAGAGGGAGUAUAGAACUACCUCCUUAUUUUUCUGAAUUGAGGAAACAUGCAGCUUCUUUCAACAGAGAGUUUGACAGCAGAGAACCCAGGAUGAGAGAGAUUGUAGGAGAGUUUCAGAAAAUCUCUGAGCAAGUAAGAAAGGUGCAGAAGAGAACAGAUAAAAUCAGAAAAGUAGAAGCUGUUGUUGGAGGAGCUGGAAUAACUGUUGCAGUAGGAGUCGUCCUCAUGCUCCUUACAACUCCGAUCACUGGGGGGCUGGGGUUAGCAGCUGUAACAGCAGCAGCAGCUGUUACUGCAGCUGCUGCUGCUGCUGUUCAGGAAAACGUCACAAAAACAAUGAAAGAGGACAGAGGUGCUAAGGAGGUAGAAGAGCUGGGGAAAGAGUUCACAGAGAUCGUUGAACCUCUGAAGAACGACCUGAAAAAAAUAAAGACUGAAUGUGAAAAGCUGAAGGAAGUACCAUCCAAAGUCAGGGCUGUAUGGAUUCUGGCAUUUCUGGAGGACUUUCAGUGGAUUCUAAGACGAGUGUCUCAGCUGAGGAAAACUAGUGAACAAGUUUUGGAGGUUACUGUCUCAGUGGUGAGGGUGAUCCGUGAAAUGAUGAAGAUCCUUGUGUCAGUCGUCAGACUCACUGCGACCCGUGAACAGGACAGAGAGUUAACACAAGGCAUCAUCCAGUCAGCUGAUCGCUGUCAGAAGGUCACUGAUCAGUUGGUGAUGAUGAAGGAAGAACUUAAAUCAUUUACAGAAAAGUAACAAGACUGGGUUGAAAUCCAGGAGGUGGCUGACCACAUUUGGUCAGUGCGGGUACUGUAUGUGGCCAACAUGUUACAGGUGUAGUGUGUGUGUCACCUGGCUGAGAGAAAUGACUCUUCUGCGCUACUCAACCACCAAAACAAUCAGCGGUAGUUUCAGGGAGUAUCAAUAAUAACCAUCUUCCUGGUGAGUUUAAGAUUGAAGAGUUUUACAGUGUGUAGAUAGCCUGGCUAACACCAGACUAAUCUCAAAUGAGAUUUAGUCUGGAAACCAGCCAUUAAUUUCUCCGUAGAGGAGGUGUGGUUUACGAUCCUCCGGAGCCGUUUAUUGGCCGCUUAGAAUGUCUAUCAAAGCGUCUGUAGGUAGCUCUUAGCCAAUCAGAUCAGUUAUACCAGAUGACGUAGUAGAGCAACAGAGAUGGAUGUUUGUUGUGUGUGUGUCUGUGAGAGAGUGUUGCUGCUGCGUUGCUUCGCCAGUUCUCGCUUUCUGCAAGAUUAUUUAUUUUCACGCUUUAUUCCCCCUCAUGUCAUUCAGCCACACACAUCCACUGAUUUUAUGGGUAAUAAACAAGCUGC